CAAGCAUCUGGACUGCCUGAGUACAUAAAGAUUGUAGAAGUUGGGCCAAGAGAUGGAUUACAAAAUGAAAAGGUGAUAGUCCCAACUGAUAUCAAAAUUGAGUUAAUCAACCGGCUUUCCAGAACAGGCCUGCCUGCAAUAGAAGUGACCAGUUUCGUUUCAUCCAAAUGGGUGCCUCAGAUGGCAGAUCACAAAGAGGUAAUGAGGGGCAUUGAGCGGCAUCCUGGAGUCCAAUAUCCUGUUCUGACACCUAAUCUUCAAGGUUUUCAUUCUGCUAUUGUGGCAGGGGCUACAGAAGUCUCAGUAUUUGGCGCAGCAUCUGAAUCUUUUAGCAAAAUGAAUAUUAAUUGUUCAAUUGAAGAAAGCAUAGAAAAAUUUGAAGAAGUUGCUAAAUCUGCAAGGAAUAUGAAUAUUCCAGUGCGUGGGUAUGUGUCAUGUGCAUUGGGAUGCCCAUAUGAAGGAAACAUCAUACCAGCUAAAGUGGCAGAAGUAUCUAAGCGGCUGUACAGUAUGGGCUGUUAUGAAAUCUCUCUGGGGGACACAAUUGGUGUGGGGACUCCUGGAAGUAUGAAAAGAAUGUUGGAAGCUGUUAUGAAAGAAAUUCCUCUGAGUGCUCUUGCUGUUCACUGUCAUGACACGUAUGGCCAGGCGUUAGCCAAUAUUCUCACAGCCAUACAGAUGGGAGUUGCUGUAGUGGAUUCAUCUGUUGCAGGACUGGGUGGUUGUCCCUAUGCAAAAGGUGCUACUGGAAAUGUAGCCACAGAGGAUGUGAUAUACAUGCUUCAUGGUCUGGGGAUCAAUACAGGAGUAAAUCUUUAUAAAGUGAUGGAAGCUGGAAACUUCAUCUGUACAGCUUUGAACAAGAAAACAAACUCGAAGGUUGCACAAGCUUCCUUCAAUACUGGAACUAUCAAUUAAAUGGAUUUUUUUGCAGCUUAAUUACAUUUGUCAUCUAUCUUGACCAAGAGCAUUUAUAUCAAGAAAACAAAUAUAAGAAAACCAUUUCAGCAAACGACCAAAAUAGAACCCAUAUAUAACUUUUUAUUAUGGAAAGAGUUAUUGUACUGUACUGUCUUGUCAAGAAUUGUCUGAUUUGCAAGUAAGAAAUAAAUGGCCAUAGUACAGAGCCCUGUGCUUGGUACUUCCACAGAUAAGAAAAAUGUGUAAACACCAGGACAUUUUAACAUGUUUUAAAUUUAAUUUUAGUUUUUUUCAGGAAGACUGGAUAGGAGCAGUGAAUACAUAGUUAAUUUUUAAUCAAGAUGGCUUUUAGAACAGUACAAAUAUUUGCAGUAGUUUAUGACAUCCCACACUCUGUGUGGCCUUUCUAAUAUGUGUUUUAUUUAUCUGAAUCUUUACUUUUCAUUUGUCAAGUCAGUUGUGUUAUGAACAUGGAGCCAAAUCUGAAUUCACCAUAAGAAUUUUUUAGAAAUAGCACUUUUUUAUUUUUGUUUUGUUUAGCAUCUGUUAAGUUAUGGAUGACUUUAUCUUGUUCCAAGACUUUGUGGUGAAUGGCAGUCUGCCAG